UGAUCGUUUCAAUAAUUUAUAUGAAGUUAUAUUAGAAUUAGUGUGUAAAAAUCCUAAAAUUAUUUUUGAUUCAAAAGAAUUUUUUGAAAUUGAAGAAGAUUGUUUAAUUCAUCUUUUAAAAUGUGAUAAUCUUAAACUAGAAGAAAUUGAAAUUUGGGAUUAUCUAAUCAAAUGGGGAAUUAAAAAUACUGAUUAUAUUCCAAAUGAAAAUUUAAUUAAAUGGACUCCAAUGGAUUUCAGUAAAUUAGAAAAAACUUUGCAUAAUUGUAUUCCUUACGUUCGAUUUUCCCAAAUGUCUUUUAAAGUAUUUAAUUUAGUUAGAAAACGGUAUAAACAUAUUCUAACUAAAGAUCUAGUUGAUGAUAUCCUACAAUAUUUUUCAGAUCCUAAUUCCAAACCUUUACUAAAAAAUUUACCAUUAAGAGUAACAGUAUAUCCUCUUGAUUCUAAAAUAAUUAAUGUUAAAGAUGUAGCAGUAAUAGCAAGCUGGAUUGAUAAGAAAAAAGGAAUUCCUUAUCAUUUAAAAGACAUACCUUUUAAAUUUGAACUUAUUUAUCGUGCUAGUCAUGAAGGAUUUAAUACUAAUAAAUUUCAUGAAUGUUGUGAUAAUAAGGGAUCAACUGUUGUUAUUAUUAAAGUUCGGAAAUCAGGGGAAAUAAUUGGUGGAUAUAAUUCGUUAGAUUGGCGUAGUGUUAAAUAUAAAGGUUCAUACUACAACCGGUUUUUUAUUGAUCAAAAAUGUAAAACGUCAAAUAGCUUUAUAUUUUCAUUAUUUUCAUCAACAAAUGGAGGUAUUCCCAUAUUAAGCCGUGUCACUUCUAAAAAAGAAGCAAUCAUCUGGCAUAAAAACAUGGGACCGUGCUUUGGUUUACAAGAUUUAUGGAUCAAUAGUAACUCAAUGUUCGGUAGUAGUAAACAAAAAUCUUACGAAAAGAAAAUUAUUAAUAAAACAACCUUUGAGAUAGAAGAAUAUGAAGUAUUUCAAAUUAUCGAUAAGAGAUUCUCACUCUUUAAAUUUAUUAAGAAAAUAUUUAAGAAAACUUUACAAUUUAUUUAUUCUCGCUUAGAAUUAUUGAUAUAUACCGUAUGUGAUUUUACUUGCACUAUUAUGUUUAGUCUCGUUGUUUUCUUACUUAUAAAGCAGUUAUACAUAACUUUAUUAGUUAAAAUUUUUAUUUUUUUUAUAAGCCUAAUAGGGUGCGUAUUAUUAUUUGGAAUAAUAUUUAUAUUAGUAGGAAUAUAUAAGGGUGAUAUUUUCCUAAUUCCUAAUAUGUUAAUAAUAGCGGGAUAAUAAAAUAAUAGAAUAUAUUAACUAAUUACGUUGUAAUUAUUAUUUCUAAAUCGUUGAACUAUUAAA